CUUACCACAACAACCAUGCCUUAUUUCCUGUUUCCUGUCACCACAGGAAAUCAAGUCAACCUGACGUGCCGAGCGUUCUUCGGCUUCGCCGGGGAGGUCAGUCCGCUCAUCUACUGGAUGAAGGGAGAGAAGUUCAUCGAAGACCUGGAUGUGGAGAGGUUCAGAGAGAGUGACAUCAAGCUUAUCCGGGAGCACCUGGGAGAGCAGGAGGUGUCUAUCACCCUGACCAUUGACUCGGUGGAAGAGGCUGAUCUGGGGAACUACUCCUGCUUCGUGGAGAAUGGCAACGGCAGAAGGCAGGCCAACAUCCAGCUCACAAAGAGAGAGCUUAUGUACACAGUGGAGCUGGCGGGAGGCUUGGGGGCCAUCUUGUUGUUGUUGAUCUGCCUCGUGACCCUCUACAAGUGCUACAAGAUGGAGCUCAUGCUCUUCUACAGGAACCAUUUUGGCAGCGAGGACAUCGAUGGAGGUGAGAUACUCUCAACUCACACUAGGACCAAACAACACCCAUUAUAAACCCUGAAUGAAGUCUACAGUGCACUCUUAGAAAAAAGGGUUCUUAAAGGGUUCUUCAGCUGUCCCCAUAGGAAA